AUGUUUGAUGAAGUUACAUACACUGGUCCAAAAUUAAAAACAAAACAAGUUCUAUGGCCCACACAUUGCGUACAAGGGACAGAGGAUGCUGCUCUACAUAAAAAUCUAUAUGUUUCAUCAACCAACAACACAGUAAUACAUAUUACAAAAGGUACCGAUCCUGACAUUGAUAGUUAUUCAGCAUUUAUGGAUAAUGGAGGUGUUAGAAAAACCGAGCUCGAUGACAAGCUUCGAGAAUAUAAUGUUAAACAUGUUUUUCUUGCUGGAUUAGCAACGGAUUAUUGUGUAUCAGCAACUGCUUUUGAUGCAUUCAAUUUGAACUAUAACACAUACAUCAUCGAAGAUGCUACAAGAGUUUUAUUUCAUCCAAAUGAUUUUACAAUUGCACAUUAUUAUAUUCGAUUUGAAGUUAAAUUACAAUAUUUAUCAAAAAUAUUCAAUAUUAUUUUUACAUAUUAA